GUGAGCCGGGGGGACCCCGCGCUGCGCCCGGGGCCGUCGCGAUGGCCGUGCGCUCCCGCCGCCCGUGGAUGAGCGUGGCACUGGGGCUCGUUCUGGGUUUCACCGCCGCGUCCUGGCUCAUCGCUCCCAGGGUGGCCGAGCUGAGCGAGAGGAAGAGACGCGGCUCCAACCUCUGCUCCUACUACGGCCGCUUGGCCGCUGGCCUCGGCGCGCAGCAGCCGCUCCCCCAGCCCCAGUCGUGGCCGCGGCAGGAGCCGUCGCCGCCCCCCGCGCGCCGGGAGCUCCAGGGCCCGCAGCUGGCCCAGGCAGCUCCCGGAGUGACCAGUUCUCGAAGCAGCCCCUGGCUACGGCCACCUCCGCUGCAGCAGCAGCAGCAGCAGCAGCAGCAGCGGCGGCUGCGGCGGCGGGGACGCGAGCCCGAGGGCGCGACGGGGCUUCCCGGAGCCCCAGCGUCCGAGGGGGAGCCGGAGGAGGAGGAAGGGGGCGCGGCUGGGCAGCGCGGACGCAGCCACAACGGCAGCGGGGACGGGGGCGCCACCGCCCCGAGCGCACGACCCCGGGACUUCCUGUACGUGGGGGUGAUGACCGCGCAGAAGUACCUGGGCAGCCGCGCGCUGGCGGCGCAGCGGACCUGGGCGCGCUUCAUCCCCGGCCGCGUGGAGUUCUUCUCCAGCCAGCAGCCCCCCAACGCCGGCCUCGGGCAGCCCCCGCCACCCAUACCUGUCAUCGCAUUGCCGGGGGUGGACGACUCCUACCCUCCUCAGAAAAAGUCCUUCAUGAUGAUCAAGUAUAUGCACGACCACUACCUGGACAAGUACGAGUGGUUCAUGCGCGCCGACGACGAUGUCUACAUCAAAGGUGAUAAGUUAGAAGAGUUUCUUAGAUCGCUGAACAGCAGCAAACCUCUCUACCUGGGACAGACCGGCCUGGGCAGCAUUGCAGAGCUUGGCAAGCUGGGCCUGGAGCCAGGGGAGAACUUCUGCAUGGGCGGCCCGGGCAUGAUCUUCAGCCGCGAAGUGCUCCGGAGGAUGGUGCCGCACAUCGGCCAAUGCCUCCGGGAGAUGUACACGACGCACGAGGAUGUGGAAGUCGGGAGGUGCGUUCGCCGCUUCGGUGGGACCCAGUGUGUCUGGUCUUAUGAGAUGCAACAACUGUUCCAUGAAAAUUACGAACACAACAGGAAGGGUUACAUCCAAGACCUUCACAAUAGCAAAAUUCAUGCAGCCAUUACACUUCACCCCAACAAAAGACCUGCCUACCAAUACCGGCUACACAAUUACAUGCUCAGCCGCAAAAUUUCUGAACUUCGUUAUCGUACCAUUCAGCUCCACAGAGAGAGCGCCCAGAUGAGCAAGCUCAGUAACAGCGAAGUGAGCAAAGAGGACCAGCAGCUGGGCGUGAUGCCCUCAUUCAACCACUUCCAGCCUCGGGAGAGAGACGAAGUGAUAGAAUGGGAGUUCCUGACCGGGAAGCUCCUUUACUCAGCUUCCGAGACCCAGCCUCCUAGACAGAGCAUCAGCAGCAUCCUAAGAACAGCAUUGGAUGACACGGUCCUGCAGGUCAUGGAGAUGAUCAAUGAGAACGCCAAGAGCCGAGGGCGGCUCAUUGACUUCAAGGAGAUUCAAUAUGGCUACCGCAGGGUAGAUCCUUUGCAUGGGGUGGAGUACAUCUUGGAUUUGCUCCUUUUAUACAAAAGACACAAGGGAAGGAAGCUGACCGUGCCAGUGAGGCGUCAUGCCUAUCUUCAGCAGCUAUUCAGCAAGCCUUUCUUCCGAGAAAUGGAAGAGCUAGAUGUUAACAGUCUUGUGGAGAGUAUUAACAGUGACACUCAGUCCUUCUCCUUCAUAUCUAACUCUUUAAAAAUAUUAUCUUCUUUCCAAGGUGCCAAAGAAACAGGAGGGCACGAGGAAAAGAAAAUACACAUUCUUGUUCCACUCAUCGGAAGAUAUGACAUUUUCAUGAGAUUUAUGGAAAAUUUUGAAAGUACUUGUCUUAUCCCAAAGCAGAACGUGAAGCUGGUCAUCAUCCUCUUCAGUCGGGAUUCCAACCAAGAGUCCAGCAACCAUGUUGAGCUGAUAAACGAGUAUCAGAACAAGUACCCCAAAGCAGACAUGACCCUGAUUCCUAUGAAAGGAGCAUUUUCCAGAGGCCUUGGUCUUGAAAUGGCUUCUUCCCAGUUUGACAAUGACACUUUGCUGCUAUUUUGUGACGUCGACUUGAUCUUCAAGGGAGACUUCCUCCAACGAUGUAGAGACAAUACAAUUCAGGGACAACAGGUGUACUAUCCCAUCAUCUUUAGUCAAUAUGAUCCAAAGGUAACCAAUGGAGGAAAUCCUCUCCCCGACAAUGACUUUGUAUUCUCCAAAAAGACGGGAUUUUGGAGAGACUAUGGCUACGGCAUCACCUGUAUAUACAAAAGCGAUCUUCUUGGUGCUGGUGGAUUUGAUACCUCAAUACAAGGUUGGGGACUGGAAGAUGUAGAUCUCUAUAAUAAAGUUAUUCUCUCUGGCUUAAGGCCUUUCAGAAGUCAAGAAGUUGGAGUGGUGCAUAUUUUCCAUCCAGUUCAUUGUGAUCCUAACUUGGACCCUAAGCAAUAUAAAAUGUGCUUAGGAUCCAAGGCAAGUACUUUUGCCUCAACCAUGCAACUGGCUGAACUCUGGUUAGAAAAACAUUUGGGUGUCAGGUACAAUCGAACUCUCUCCUGACAAUCCAGGCAACAUGUUUUUCCAUUGCCUUUUUAUAGGGGAGUUUACCUCAUUGUCUUCUCGUUAUUUUAAUUUUAUUGUUAUUAUUAUUUUUAUUGUUGCUAUAAUUUUAUUUUGUUGUCCUUGGUCAUCUUCCAAAGGGUGUUGACCUGAAGCAAGAAGAGUCUACACUUCACUGAUAUUUCAGAUUUCUACUGACGUCAAUAUAUGUAUUACUUUUGUAUGUCUUUAUUUGAAAUCAAGUUAAAUCAUGGCAAUUAAAUGACUUUUGAAGCUCAUUCAUCAUGAAAGACAGCUUAGAAGAAUGUUCUCUUGGAGCUUAAAGAUGCAAUAUCGACUUUUAUUUUGUUUGUCAAAUUCAAUGUGAUACAAAUAUUUACUGGUGAAAGGUACCACAAAAGUGCUUUAUGCUUCCUAUGAGGAAGGGACUCUGUAACAUAAACUUGAGUUUUGUAAUUUAUACAAGGACUUAAAUAUAUAGACAAUAAUUUUCUUCAUCUUUAGAAUUUUUAAAGUAAAUGAACACCUAUGAUUGUAUGUUUAUUUUUUAAGAAAAAAGUUUUAAAAUUUGAGGAGUUUUGUUCCACAAGCAACCGGUACUGGCUACCCUGAUCUUACGACAAUUAUGAGCUCCUCACAGUGUCUGCUAUGUAAAUGCGAAUGAACUUUAUUUUCUCAAGGAAAUAUGAUUUAAUUAAAUAUUCAUGUACAUUUUAGAAGCUUUAUGAAACAGUGUCCUUCAUUUGCUGGCAAGAAGAUAAAAUAUGACAGAACCUGUUUAUUUAUAAUAAAACACAGGUGUAACAGUAUUCUUUUUCAAAAACACUGA